GUUAUAUUUCAGCGAUAGUCACACGUGAGAGAAUUUAAGUUUAAAUAUUAUUAUAAUUCAAUGAAAUGGCAUCAACGAGUACCGUAGAGAUCGAUCCCGAAGAAUCCGAUGUGGGUGUUACUUGGAAAGAUUUGGGCAUUGUCGACUCGCUUUGUCAAGCAUGUGAAGAACUGAAAUGGAAAACACCGUCAAAGAUCCAAAAGGAAGCCAUACCGUUAACGCUCCAAGGAAAGGAUGUGAUAGGCUUGGCAGAAACCGGGUCUGGAAAAACAGGAGCCUUUGCGCUUCCCAUAUUACAAGCUUUGUUGGAAAAUCCACAAAGAUAUUUCGCUCUUAUUUUGACGCCCACACGAGAGUUGGCAUUUCAAAUAUCAGAACAGUUUGAAGCGCUAGGUGCCAAUAUUGGUGUGAAAUGUGCUGUUAUUGUAGGCGGGAUGGACAUGAUGUCUCAGGCCUUGACUCUGGCCAAAAAACCCCAUAUUCUGAUCGCGACACCUGGAAGACUCGUCGACCACCUUGAAAAUACCAAGGGAUUUAAUUUACGCUCCCUUAAAUAUCUGGUGAUGGAUGAGGCUGACCGCAUAUUGAACAUGGACUUUGAAGUUGAGGUUGAUAAAAUAUUAAGGGUAAUACCACGAGAGAGGAGGACAUUACUAUUUUCGGCCACAAUGACGAAAAAAGUUCAAAAGUUACAGCGAGCUUCUUUGCAAAAUCCUGUAAAAGUUGAAGUGUCCACUAAGUACCAAACUGUUGAAAAAUUACAACAAUCUUAUAUCUUCAUUCCUGCUAAAUUCAAGGACGUGUACCUGGUUCACAUAUUGAAUGAAUUGGCUGGAAAUAGUUUUAUGGUAUUCUGCGCCACCUGCAACAAUACACUCAGAACAGCCCUCCUGUUACGAAAUCUUGGGUUCAUGGCUGUUCCCUUGCACGGGCAGAUGUCGCAGAAUAAACGACUAGCUGCACUGACAAAGUUCAAGGCUAAGAACAGAUCAGUCUUAAUAUCGACUGAUGUAGCUAGUAGGGGUCUCGACAUUCCUCAUGUCGAUAUAGUUGUUAACUUUGACAUACCUACACACAGCAAAGACUACAUCCAUAGAGUCGGAAGAACUGCUAGGGCUGGUCGCUCUGGUAGGGCAAUCACGUUUGUUACACAAUAUGACGUUGAACUGUAUCAAAGGAUAGAGCAAUUAAUAUCGAAAAAGCUGCCUCUUUAUACAACGCAGGAAGACGAAGUUAUGGUACUCCAAGAAAGAGUAUCAGAGGCUCAACGUAUGGUAAAAAUGGAAAUGAAGGACAUUGACGACAAUAAAAAGUCUGGCAAAGGAAAAAAGAGAAAAGGUGGCCGUGACGACGACGACGACGACACAGAGCAAUCUAUCGGUGUUAGGAAAAGAGUAAAAGGAAAGGGAUUCAAAGGAAAGAGAAAAGGCUGAGAUAGGAAAUAAGAAUUGUUAUACAAGAAAG